AUGGCGUCUCGGCUUAAAUCUUGUUCCAUUGUCCGGUUUAGCGGACCAGAUAGAGUUAAAUUUCUUCAGGGUUUGUUGACCAACGAUGUACCGAGGUUCAGUGAAUCCACCGGCGAGAAAAGCUUGACGGUCCCUACUCCGAACAUGGCUUUUGUAGCGACGCCGCCUAUGUAUGCGACGCUAUUAACUCCUCAAGGAAGGUUUCUGUACGAUUUCUUCUUGUAUAGCUCGACAUGGCUGAAGGAAAAGCUCGAUCGCACUAGUUCUGGACCCGGGUCGGAUUUGGAUUUGGGUCGUAGUGGGUCGAUUGAGUUGUUUGCAAAUCAAUUGGGACUUAGCAAUGCCCUCGAAGAAGCGUUUGAUCAGAGCUCAUUCAAUUGA